AAUUCGCAACAAAACGACUACAGCGAUCAGUAAAUUGAAAAGUCCUAACCGAUUCACAAGUACGAACUCGAGUCACUGAUAAAAAUGGCAUCACGAGUGUUGUUAUUGGUCGCCCUCUUGGGUGUUUUCUCAUCUCAGAACGCCAACGCGGUCGAUUUAAAUCUACCGUACGAUUCGUCGAUCUACCGUCAGAUGCUGAGUGGAGCACCUUGGUAUUCUUACUGCGAUCUUCCAUGGUUGAAUUUCUACGAACCUGGACUUUACGAAAAAUUCUACCAGAUUGCUCAACAAUAUAACAUCAGACUGAGCGACGUUUACCAAUACCACACCAUUCUCGACAUGAAUAUUCCCAACUUAUCGUACUCAGAGGAGAGUAAUAUUUUGCAAGCUACUGCCGCUGAACUUAGGAAAGAAUUGGAUCGCAGAGGAAUCUACAAUUUGCCAAGUCCACCUUCUUGCAAACUCAACGAUGGAUAUCCACAAUACCCAGUUAAUCCAUCAUACCCCACUGUUAAUCCUUCUAUUCCAGUUAUUGCUAAGAGAUCGCCUAAUUUGCCAGUGAUCCCUGAUAAUUAUCCAAUGCCUGAUCCCACCUAUAAUCCUUACUCGACCGAUAUCACUCCAUCUUCGUACGAUUACUCGUUGGCUUACAAGAAUCUGUACACCAUGCUGGAUCAAUAUAUGCCAUAUCUUCCUCGUUCGGUUUAUGAAAAUAUCAAGAAUACCAUUCUGAACAAUACUCCACCUCAAUACCAACAUCUUGCCGAUGACGUUGCCAGCCAAUUGUCCACCAAUAUCCGGUACACCGUUGGAAUGGCUCAACAGAGAAUGCCUCCAUUCUACUAUUACUAAUGGAAGAACCUCGUCGUAUCACUUCGUCCAUAAUUUAUUUCUCACAUCUGUUAUUUCGGCUAUGAAACUUUUGUAAAAAAAAAAUUGAUAACAAUAAUAAACGAAUCCGUAUUAAUUAAA